UCAUGAACUUGUGGAACGACUGGGAUCCAGUGCUCGACCCUCAACGAUCCAUGCCUCAUGGCUUCAUCUUCAGUAUGGAGAUCUUUCUGCUCAUUUGUGCCAUCCUCAUGAGCUGCAGGGCCAUCCUGCCGCUCUUCAAGCUCAUCCCACUGGCUUUCAAGGCCCAAGAUAGAACGCCCGAGCUGGAGGUGGAGGAGCUCCUAAGGGAGCCAUUCCCCAAAAGAUACAAGGUCGCUCACCAUGACCUCGAGGUUCUAAGCGAGGUGGGAGGAAGCGAUUUGCUUGGGCGAUUGAACGCCUGCGAAGAGGUUGUGGUGGUCGAGAUGGCAUGUGCCGAGGGGAAUGUCACUGGAAGUGCCCUGAAGCGCCUCAUGAAUUAUUUGCUGAACAUGAUAUUUCCGAAAAACUUUCAGUCAGUAUGGGGCAAAUUGGAAGGGAAAGGAUGGUUCCUGCUCUACGAUUCUGCCAGUGAUUGGAAGGGAGUCACUGACUCAACAACGACAGGUCUUGCACCCUACCGUGCAAAUCAGCAGUUGUUGGUACCUCUUGGUGCUCUUGUUCGAAGGCAGCUAGUCCUAGCCGCGAGCCAUGCUUCCACACAACUGAUCAUCCUGGAAAGGCUCGCCGGCCACAUGCAGGUGCACCUCUUUCUGGUGGUGGCGGUAACUAACUUCUUCCUACAUAUCCACACCCUCAGGGAAGCUGAAUGCACCGUGAAGUGGGCACUUCGGCAUGAUCAGGCAUUGGAGAAGGAGCAGAAGCGGUUGCGCCCUCCGCCAAGUCAUCGAGCUCGCAUCUUUUCGGUCCUUCUCACCACGCUGCUGUUGGCGACGUUGCUCGGGCUUGUCGUCAAGACACCCAGGAGUGGCACGAUUUCUUCAGGCCUAGGAGCACUGCUCUUGAUGAUUGCACUACAUGCUUGGGACUUGAGGACUUCUUUGGAAGGUGUAGGCAAGUGGAAAGAGCCCCAGCUCACCACCGAAUUCACGGUGUGUGCUGUUGAGCCAUUGCCAAGUAUGGACGAUGACGGUGAGCCGUUGAUCUUUACGGAGGCAAGAGAAGGCCACCACUUUGCAGUGAGCUUCUUGACAUGGCUCAUGGGCAUCGCUGGGCUGAGUGUGGUGAUUCUGAUGGGCUUGGAUGGGAUCCAAAUGCAGGGCAGUCUCAUUCACUACUCCUUCAGCAAAGGGCAUCUCAUCUACUUGGCAGAAACAAGCACACUCCACAACACGUUGCUGCUUCAUGAUGAUGCUGAUACAUUGAUAUUCGGCUUUGAAGCAGGAGACCACACAGAGAAUGUCAGCGUUCGAUUAGAGCACCCGCAACUGGGCAAGGAGGAUGCGGAGAACAUCUCUUCAGUGUCCCAGGUGAUGUCAGACGAACAUGCAGGUUCUCCGAAGACCCUGUCUGGUGAAUACAAGAUCAUUUUGCCUGCUGGUCCCCUCUAUAGUCGCAUUAUAGUGAAAGCUGCAAGCAAGCUACAGAUUGCGCCAACCGAGUACAUCUUCCACCUGAUCCGUGUGGGCGAGGCACUUUCACUCUCAUUGCGUGGGCAGGUGGCAGGGACCAAUGCCACCUUCAGUGAAGAGCGUCGAUGGCUCUUCCAGCAGCGCAACGCAGAAUGGUACGUUCCCGCCAUCGAUCCCAAGAGCCAUUGGACCUUGGGCGCCGAGCUGCAUACGAUUGGCUUUGCGCCCCUCACACGUGAAGGGCAGGGCUUGCAGGGCUCGGAAUCCUCAGAGGGCCCCCUGGGUCUUACCUUCUACGAUCAGGAAUGCCGGUGUGGUGUGGAAGUGGCCGGAUUUGGCACGAACUGCUUGAGAGAACAGCGCGUUGAGUUGCUCAAUUCCACUUCGAUAUGUCUCUACUCCUUCAAAGCCAAGUCUCACAUCCACGUCCAUGAAGGUCAGGGGAGCCUUGUCACCGAUUCAGGUUUAUUGGAGUGGCUGCAGAACGUGAAUGUGAGCGGGAAGUUUGCCAAGCUGCGCGUGUCAUACUCGGAGCGAGACCCCAACCUACAGCCUGGAGAUUGGCAGUUGAUUGCGAAGAAUAAGACCAAGUCCGAGAUCUGCAACAUCUUCAACGUCUCCAUGCCCUAUGACUCGCUCAUGAAGGCUACGCAGCUGGUGUUGGCGACCACUCAGGAUGAGACCGAUGCGGAGGAAGAGGCGGUACCUUUGAAGAUCGUGCCUCAUCCACCGCCGAUCACGCUGAGCACAGACAUGGGCCUCCUGCUUCCAGAGUUUCAGGUGGAAAACAAACGCAGUGAGUAUGCAGGGUGCGACCUGAAUCACUUGGACAGAGUAAACGCAUCAGUGGCAGAUGAUCGUUUUCAUGUGCAAGUGGAGGUGGUGAAUCUGGGCAAGGACUGCUCAGGCUUCUUGACCAGACAAAAGCGCUUCCGCGCGGUUCGAACGGACGCGUCGACCACGUCGUGUGACUACUGCGACCACUAUCCGUCCUGGAACGAGUUCUACGACGUCGCGGUGACCUUAUCACCCGAGCAGUGCAUCAAUGAAGCCAUCGAGGCCAAUAACGUGGAGGCAGUUCAUCGCAUCAAUUCCUGGGCUUUUGGAGAUCAAAUUACUAAGAAUUGGGAGAAGGUCAAGAAAACCUGCGGAGUGGUGCAGAGGGCUGCAAGCUUGGGGAGAGUGGAAGUGAUGAAGGAGCUUCUUCUGAAUUCCACGUGGGAUGCCAACUGCAGCGGCUGUGCAUCCACUCCGUUGGGCGACGCAGCUGCCGGAGGCAAGACGCAAGUGGUGCAGCUGUUGUUCGACCAUGGCGUGGAUGCUGGCGCGGAGGACGCCCACAACCGCACGGCCCUGCUUCGUGCAGGCCAACACUGCAACAUAGCAGCUGUGAAGCAGCUGAUCCCACGUGUCGAUGUGAAUCACUUGCUGAAGACGUCCAGGUGUCCUGCGCCCGUCCUGCUGUCGCUUCUGGGCCGGGGGAGCGGAAAACUGGAGAAGGGUGCAUGCAAGCCGGGAGAUCUUAAGAACUUGCUCACAGCGCUGGUUGAUGGUGGCCGUGCUGCACUCUCCGUGGCAGGAAACAAAGGGUGUCCUCAGAAGACUGCGCUUGUGGAGGCGAUCGAAAGUGAACGCUUUGACGCACUACCAGUUCUGCUUGCUCGUGGAGCAGACCCCAACAUCGAAGGUGCAACUGGUUCUGGGCAGCUGCUGAAGCCAUUCGCAGCGCUUGUAUACCUGUUCUUGACCGCCAAGAUUAUCGAUUGGCCAAGCUUCGCCCCUGCGGCCGCCUUGCUGCUGCAGAAGGGGGCAGACGUCAAUGCCAGAGAUCAGGACGGCCUCACUGCUCUGAUGGAGGCUGCAGCAGAUUGCCAGCCAAAAGUUGUGGAGCUUCUCGUCAAGCACAAUGCAUCAGUUGAUCCGAAGGACCAGGACAAUGGCGAUGGCAAGACGGCGGUGGACUGGGCUAAGGAGUAUUGCGAGGAGAGCCCAGCAGCUCUUAAGGAGAUUCAAGAGAUUCUGAGCAAAGGCAACAGUUGAAGCGCAAGGCUUUGGAAGA